AUGUUUCGCCUACGACAGAAGCGCAAGCCGCCCCACGAAUACUGGUCAUCGAAGCGGCUCAGAAAGGGAGGUACGGUCAACGGACAAGCUGCAAGCUGUGGCUAUCUGCUCCUGAAUGAUGCCGCAGAGGAUGAUUACGAACACCGGGUCAAGGACUACCCGGACGAGAUCCUUCUGGCCUUGGAGUCAAGCUUGGUGUCCGGUCGGCAGGUCUCUGAGGUUCGUGGGCGUGGCCAAGCUUCCAAGAAGCCACACCCGGGCAUCCGGCCACUCGGAGGCGGGUUUUAUGUUGCCAGGGUGAUGUUCAAGGACCUCCGCAUAGUGACAGCGCGUGCGCCUAUGCAACAAGCACUGCGAUGGCGAACUUCCCUGAGCUCCCUUCGAUGCACCGCAUGCACCCGCCCUUCGAACUCCGCCGCUCAUGAUCCCCUCAGCAUGGCGGAGUUCACCAGCGAGUUGGAGCGAGAUCCAACGCUUGACCUACGAUUUGAGUCCGUGCUCUCCAGGAGCAGCAAGAGGUUUGGCACGCCCGCCACGACCAACCUUUCGCUCGCCCUGCAGUUGCGCAGCGAGCUCCUCGCCAUAGUGGCAAACACCCCCAAGCGCAGCCUCGCAAAGGUGGUUUCCACAUGGCAGGUGGCUGCGAAAGCCCGGGUGCUGGCAGAGAAAGAGUCGCAGCCAGUGAAGCAGCGGAAGCUUCUGGCUGCCGUAGCGGCAGAGCGCAUGAGGCGCAAGUUUCAGGUAGGGGAGCAGCUUCAGCAGAUGCUGGGUUACCCUGGCAAUGAUCGACGUGCUGUCGCGCAGCUCAGGGACACUACGCCAGGGAUGUUCAUCAAGAUGCGAGCGCUCCUACGUCAGCUCGUGCGGCCGCGAACCGUGCAGGAGCGUUUGGCACGGCGACCGCGUGGGAUUUUGCCGGUUCCGGUUCGCCACGUGCGUCCUCUGCAUUUUCUCUCCACCAAAGAAGUGCUGCAAGUUUGCGCCAUCUCCGUCGCCAGCUAUGACGUCGCGAUGGAUUCACUGAGGCUGCGGCUCCGCAGCUUUGUUUACGAGCCGAGCUUUCUGGACGGCCCAAAGGAAUCUCGGAGAGGCCGCACGCUCACAAUGCCGGCAGCGAAGCAGGUGACGCUCCUGCUGGAGAUGCUUCGUGCGCCGCACCUGUCACCGAUUUUCUUCGAGGUGGACCUGCGGAAGGUCCCGUUUGACGUGGAGAGUAUGGCGGAGCUACCGGGAGUCCUGUCUACAAUGAGCUCCCUCUCGUUCCUGAAGCUCAGAGCACCAUCCAAGGAGUUUCUGGAGAGCACUUCGCGCGGCCGCAUCUUCGACGCGAUGCCUUCCGGUGCGUCGCUCGAGUUUUACAAGGAUCAGAACUUGGUUUGGUUUGGAAGCAAGACGUAG